AAGCAUUCUGGGUAGAAUGAUGAAUUCUUACAGACAAAAGAUGGAUCAAAUAUUGCGAAUGGGUUGUACUUAUGCACCAAGAUGUCUACCAUCAUUGAUACAGAAUAAACUCAAACAACUCAGUGAAAAAGAUCAAGAAACAAAUGAAAUUUUCCUUGUUGUAGACUAUGGAAGUGUACCUGUGUUACAAGAAAUCAACGAGAUGUUGGAACCAUUAUUACACUCUACAGCGUAUGAUAUGUUCUUGGCCUGUCCGGAUAUUCAGAAUAUGGUCAAAGAAAUCAAGGCCGAAGUCUGUGAAAGAGUAACACUUGAAUCAAGUCGUAAAGAAUUUACCAUCCGAGCCAGUCAAAUACCAGAAUUAGACUCUGCGGAACCUCUUGAUUUUUAAUGAUUUGGCAUUGAAUUGGCAUAUUGUAUAUAGUAAUAAUUCAGAUACGUCUGUGUGUCCUUGAAAUACUAAUCAG